UUCAGGUAUUAAAUCUUAAAAGAGCUACUCUUUUUUAAGAAGUACUAUGGACAACAUGGAAAAGAUCGGUAGCAGCUCUUGUACUGAUGGAGUUCUACUUAGAAUGGGCCUCAAUGAUAACAAAGCUGGAAUGCAAGGCUUGGAUAAAGAGAAAAUCAAUAAAAUCAUCAUGGAAGCUACCAAGGGUUCUAGAUUUUAUGAAAAUGAACUUAAAAAAGAUCAACAAGUUAACCAACGCAUUGAAAAAAUGAUGCAGCUAAAAGAGAAAAUUACAACGCAACAGCUCUUGAAAGCACAGCUGCAGGUGGACAAACUUGUAAUAGAACUGGAACAGAGCCGUAACCUUAAGAAUACGAUUGUACACAUUGACAUGGAUGCCUUCUAUGCGGCUGUGGAAAUGAGAGACAAUCCAGAGCUGAAGGAAAAGCCAAUAGCAGUGGGAUCAAUGAGUAUGUUGUCCACCUCAAAUUACCAUGCUAGGAGAUUUGGUGUACGUGCAGCCAUGCCUGGAUUUAUUGCUAAAAAGCUAUGCCCACAUCUAACUAUAGUACCAUUAAACUUUGAAAAAUACGGCAAAGUAAGUAAAGAGGUUAGAGAAAUACUGGCCGAAUAUGAUCCUAGUUUUAUGCCUAUGGGCCUAGAUGAAGCCUACGUGAACAUAACAGAACACUUGAGGGAAAGACUGAACUGGCCUGAAGAUAAGAGAAGAUUCUUUUUUAACACAGAAAACACUACAGAAAAAGAUAAAAAUGAUAUAAAUAUGUCUGCCAAAUAUACUGAAGAUGUAUACUCUUCUUCACCGGUACUGUUUGAAGACAACACACCUCUGAUGGAUGAACACCCUGAACGAAGACACCAAUCAGUGGAAAAUUCUGUUGUUUUUGGAACUUCUGCAGAGGAAGUUGUGAAGGAAAUUCGCUUUAGAAUUGAGCAGAAAACUCAACUGACUGCUAGUGCAGGAAUAGCACCAAAUACGAUGUUAGCAAAAAUGUGCAGUGAUCGUAAUAAACCUAAUGGACAAUGCAGAAUUCCUCCUGAGAGACAGGCAGUGCUAGACUUCCUAAGAGAUUUGCCCAUUAGAAAG